AUGUCUAGUCUAUUCACAGGAGCAAGACUGGAGCACUACUGGAGGCAACAGCUGUGGUUGGUGCAAUGUGUGGAGGAGGAGGCGACGAACAAAGUAGAGAAACUGAGGAAGUAUGGAAGGCGUGUGGGGUUAUUGUUCCAAGUGGAUGAUGGCAUUCUUGAUGUCACCUUGUCCAGUGAAGAUUUGGGGGGAACUGCGUGUAAGGACUUGGAGAGCGACAAUCAUACUUUUCAAAGUAAUGGGCCUUGA